AUGUCGCAGCUGCUUCGCGCUCCGAGUAAAUCUGUGGCUCUUUUUCUCCCCGCUGUUUGCUUUUCCUCUUGUAAGAAGUGCGGAAAAUUGGAAAGUCGAGCUGAUCUCGCAAUGUUAUUUAUGACAUUGUUCUAUACUACCACCUUAAGUACAUGUACACGAAGAGUCACUCAGCUACGGCCAGAAAAGGGUCCCCAAGAAACCGCCCUGAAGAUACAGGAAUCUACGACCAUGUUCCUCUACGCACUUGAGAUGGAUAUCGCUAUUACUAUCGAAAAACAAUACGAGUCGUUUGAGAAGCUUGGCCUGCUGUUUUUAUACCAAGGUCAGAAAAGUUCUUCGAAGGACCAGCUUCCAGUACUACCUACCUAUCCGGCCUGCCUUAUCCGAAUGUUUACUUUCUCAGACGGGACGGUCGACCCGCUAGAGAAAGCUCUUAUGAAACAGGCCGACGCCCCAAUUCCACAUAUCAUGAAUGGAUGGCUUGAUGCUUGCCACUCGAUCGCUACCCACCUUAUAGCCUCGCUUCCAGAUGUAAUGCGAAAGGGAUACUUAGUUCACUUUACAACGGUACAGAGGCAUAAGAUAGACCAAUGGCUAGUGUACCACGAUCAUGUUGACGAUCUGUUGCAGGAUGCGCGCAACAUGAACCUGGAAGAAAUCGAGGCGCUCGAGACGUCUGCUUGCACGAUCGGCUGGAUUGUCCAAUCUGAACUCCGAAUACGAAGCACAAAGAGGGGGAUGGACAAGCGGGUGUCACUUCCCAUCGAGCCUAUGAACAAGUAUGCCUGCACAACUUUCGGCGCCGUUAUCGACAUGAAUUUCCGAGGCCAACUUUGUGUUUACAAGGUCGGCUUGCGUUGCGCUGCGUUGAUCGAUCUGGUUGUCCGCGAAGCCUGCUCAAUUGCCCAAUCGGUGGAGAGAUCUACUGCCACCUAG